AUGUUAUCCUAUCAAUGGGAUAAUCAAAAAAUUGUAACAGAAGUUUAUCGGCGUCUUAGUGAAAAAAAGAUUCCACUAUGGAUGGAUAUACAAGGUGGAAUGAAAGGUCAUUUAAGUGAAAGCAUGGCAGCAGGAGUAGAAAAUGCAGUAGCUAUAUGUUGUUUUUUGACGCCGAAAUAUCAAGAUAGUGUUGCAUGUAAAGAUGAAUUAACUUAUGCAAAAGAACAAGGUGUAUGUAUUAUUCCAAUACGUUUAAUAGCAAAUUGGAAACCAACAGGUUGGUUAGGUUUUACUAUAACAGGACAUAAAUGGAUUGAUUUUCGUGAUAUUGAUACAAAUAUGGAUUUAAGAAUUCAACAGUUAAUUAAUGAAAUUCGAAUGUUAGUUGGAAAUAAACUCGAUUGUUUUAAAGAUAUGGAACCAUUGGAUUUUGUGCAUGAUGAAGACGAAAAAGAAGAAGAGCAUAAUGAAGAACAUUCCUUUACUAUAAGUGAUAAUGAUGAUAUGAUCACUCUUAAAGUAGAUGUGUCUCUGUUUUUUAUUAUUCAUAUUAUAGUCGACGAACAAGAUUUUGAUCCAACUUCAUAUUAUCGUUUAACAACACAAUGGCAAGGCAAUAAUAAAUCUCUUGAUGUUGUCAAUGAUGGUAAAAAUAAUAAUCAACUUAUACUUGCUACAACUGGUAAUUAUAGUGGACAAUAUUGGAAGAUUACUCCAACUGAUAAUGGAUUUUAUCGUUUAACUACACAAUGGCAAGGGGACAAGAAAUCUCUUGAUGUUGUUAAUGAUGGAAAAAAUAAUAAUCGGCUUAUACUUGCUAAAACUGGUAAUUAUAGUGGACAAUCUUGGAGGAUUACAGCGACUGGUAAUGGAUUUUAUCGUUUAACUACACAAUGGCAAGGUGAUGAUAAAUCGCUUAGUAUUGUCAAAGAUGGUAAAAAUAAUAAUCAGCUUAUACUUGCUAAAACUAGUGAUUGUCAGGAACAAUAUUGGAAAAUAACAAAAGUGUGA